AUGCAAAGUGAUUCGUCGUCGCUCGACACGCUCAAAGAUAAUUUGUUGCGCGCCGUCGAUGCCGAAUACAACGUAUUGAAAGCUGAAAUUGUCUUGGAUAUCAUUUGUCAAUUAGAAAACAUGGCCAUUACCAAAAAUCAACUACAGAAAACUCGUCUGGGUCGCGAGAUCAAUACAAUACGUCAGAAGAUCGAUGCAAAGAAGAAGCUCGUUCAACAUGCAGACAAGUCUCCGGAGUUAAUCAUUGAAAUUGCGCAACGAGCGAAGAAGCUCUUACGUUCUUGGCAAGGCUUAUUGAACACGUCGCAAAAAGAUUCGUUGUCAGCAUGUACAGAUGGAGAAAUGAAACCUCGGCUGAUUUUAAAAGUGAAGUUCCAUUCAUCACAGACGAAACGUAAACACGAGUUUGACAAUCAUCUCAUUGCUGAAGCUUCUAUCAAACGCAAGAAAGUCAAAGUCAUGAAAACAGCUAUAUCACCGAGUUUACCACAUUUGAAAACAACACAAGAACUUUUCAUGGAAAUGCAACGAAGCGAAGCGAAGAUUUUUUCUGUUUCACAUCAUGGGAACAAUAUCGAUCAUACGAAUUCAACAUGCUUAUCAUCUCCAAACAAUAUCUGCCAAAUGCCCGGUUCAUCUUCGCAAUGUCCACUAUCGCCUACGCGUUUAUCACCUACUUUAGUGUCUAUGAAGAAUAGUAAUAGUACCACCACAUCCUGCUUGGCUUCAACGCACCUUCCUGUUCUUUCCGAAGACAAUCAAUCUGUCAAAAAUGAUCGUCCACUGAUCGAAUCGACAAUUCCUAAACAGUUGAAUUCAUUCAGUUCGGAUCUAGCCACUACAUGUACAUCUUAUACAACACUUGCUGAUCUUAUUCAAGAUCAUCGUCGACGUAUACUAGCUACGCACGAUUCUCGAGAAUUACAAGCCAGACCUGACCUCCUAUUAGUACCAAUCGAACAACUUGCUGUUGUCUAUGAACGUGAACGAACAACGAAAUGCAAUGAAUUGUCUCACGUCAAAUACUCAUCGAUGACGUCGAGCGAAAAACUUCCUCAACCGUCCGAUUUGAUUGCUUUACCAUUUAUCGAUUGUCCAUUGGAAUUUGAUUUUACUCUCGAUGAAUUUGUCGUCGAACAGCCAACAUUGACUAGCUAG